AUGGAGUUACUACUUGUACUCGCCAGCCUUUUCCUCGGGAUAUUAUUCCUGUGGCUAGUAAAGAUGCUGUUAAGACCCAAGACGUCUGCACCUCUUCCUCCUGGCCCUGAGCCAAAGCCAAUAAUAGGCAAUCUCAUGGAUUUGCCUCCUCCAGGCGCGCAAGAGUGGGUGCACUGGGCAAAGCACAAGGAACUUUAUGGUCCCAUUAGUUCAGUCACGGUUUUCGGAAAAACCCUUGUUAUCAUCAGUGACCAUCGUAUUGCAUUGGAACUCAUGGAAAAACGUUCCGCUGUGCAUUCUUCGCGCCCUCGGAUGGUCUUUGCAGGAGAAAUGAUUGGCUGGGAGAACACGUUAGGAAUGUUAGCGUACUCAGAUCGUCUACGCACUUUUCGAAGGAACGUCCAUGCCGUAUUGGGCACGAAGAAGGCCGUGUCUCGUUUCAACGAUAUUCAAGGAAUCGAGGUCCGGCGCUUCCUUCUCCGCGUGCUCGAGGAACCGGAUAGACUCCUCCAGCACAUUAGGACUGAAGCUGGUGCUAUCAUUCUGAAAAUUUCUCACGGCUACACUAUUGAACCUCGUGGCCGUGACCCGCUCAUCGAUAUUGCUGACGAGACAAUGACGCACUUUUCGCUCGCGGCAGUACCUGGAGCUUGGCUUGUUGAUUCGUUACCCCUCUUGAAACAUAUUCCUGAUUGGAUUCCGGGAACGGGAUUCAAACGCACGGCUGCACUUUGGAGGAAGGUACUUACGGAACUAACCGAAGUACCUUAUGCAUUUGUCAAGCAGCAGAUGGCCGCUGGCACCGCUGCACUGUCAUACACCUCCGCUUUGCUGGAAAAGGGGAACAUAAGCCCCGAUGAAGAAUUUAUUAUCAAGUGGUCUGCUGCGUCUCUUUACGCAGGUGGUGCCGAUACUACCGUAGCUUCACUUUCUUGCUUCUUCCUCGCAAUGACGGUAUAUCCCGAGGUGCAGCGCAAGGCGCAAGUAGAGAUUGACCGUGUGAUUGGCAAUGAACGCCUUCCAAGCUUUGACGAUCGUAACAGUCUUCCGUAUAUUGAUGCGAUUAUCAAAGAAGUCCUUCGCUGGCAUCCAAUCGGGCCAAUGGGCCUUCCACAUGCGACAUCGGAGGAUGACACCUACGAGGGUUACCACAUCCCGAAAGGUUCUGUACUUCUUCCGAACAUCUGGGGUUUCAUGCACGACCAGGAAAUCUAUCAUGAUCCGAUGACCUUCAAGCCUGAGCGCUUUCUCGGUAUCGGCGGUCGCGCACCGGAAAUGGAGCCUUACCAACUCGCUUUUGGUUUCGGUCGUCGGGCCUGUCCUGGCCGUGAGCUAGCCGACGCGUCGAUGUACCUAACGAUUGCACAGAGCCUUGCAGUGUUUAAUAUCUCGAAGGUUGUAGAGGAUGGCAAGGAGGUUGAGCCGGUUGUCGCUUUCAGUUCUGGUGUCAUCAGCCAUCCUGCGGAGUUCAGGGCAUGUGUGAAGCCGCGCAGUGCGAAAGCUGAAGCGCUCAUCCACACUGUUGAGGAGGAAUAUCCCUUCCAGUCGAAUGAUGCGAAGGUGCUUAAUGGCCUCAGGGGCUCCCUGAAUUCGUAA